CUCUAUUAGCCAAGGAUGUUGCUGUCUCUGGCCCUGGUCCUACUGGUCUCCCUGGCGGCGAGCAGAGCCAUGAAGGACGCGGAAACCCUCCAGAGCGAGAUGUUUCCUCCGACUCACCCAAACUGUACUCAGAGCCUUACAGACUACCUUCUGUUGAGACAAGAGCUGCAGCUGUCCAAGAUGGCCGCCGCUGAGGAGGAGAGGACUCAGCUGACGAGGGAGAACUUGCAGGUACUCACGCAGGUCAGGGACACCUUAUCCCAGGUCAGCGAGGCUCUGACACAGCGCAACCAGGCCAGUGGAAGAUCCGCUGCAGAAACCCGGAGGACAUGCGACCCCCCCUUCAGCUCCGUCGGCGACUCGUGUUUGCUCCUGAACCUGAGACUGAAGGAGGACUGGGCUUCGGCGCGUCAGUUCUGCGUCGGGAAGGGGGCCGACUUGGCGCGCUUUUCCGAUGCUGCAGGUUACGCCGCCAUUCUCGAUUAUAUUAAUAAAAUUAACUCGCAGGAUGAGAUGACUGAUGUGUGGGUUGGCGGCACAGACGAGGCGCUGGAAGGGACGUGGCUGUGGGUGACUGGCGAACUCAUGCCCCAAGGACCGCCGUUCUGGGGCUCUUCAGACGGCUACAAAGCGGCACCCGACGGAGGAAGCUCCCAGAACUGCGCUGGCCUGUACAAACGCGACAAUUAUUACUUGCAUGACUUCCGCUGCAACGGCGCCGCGGCUCCACUCUGCCAGAAAUGAGGACAAAAUAUCCGCAGUACACCUUCUGCCAUGGCGUGCAUUAUGCCAUAGUCCCUCAGAUAACUUUUCAUAGUACAAUCCCAGUUUGUUUGUUUUUUUAUAGUAUUAUGGAUAGCCUACUUUUUGUUCGUUUUUUUUUCUUCUUGAAGCCUUAGAAAAUAAUAAUCCUUGUCCUCAUGAUUUACAAAUGAAAUUACACUAUGUAAUAAUAAAUUCGUAAAUAAUUACUGUAAGUUAAUUCUGUACCUGUAUAAGAUUUUUUGCCAAAAAUACACGCCUGGAGAGUAA